GUCUGAGUUGUCCAACAAGGCGCAGAGGCAACAGAAACCAUGUCUCAGGUUACUCAGUCUUUCUCCCGCAAGAGCGUCUCCAGCUCUCGUCCGUUCUCUUCACAGUCUCUGACUGGUGGAUACUCGAAGCGCAUCGCCGUCGGUCGCGCUCCAAGCGUUUACGCAGGUGCUGGAGGCAGCGUGCGCGUCUCUUACGCACAGAGCUCCAGGGGCGGUUUCGACAUGUCCAGCGCUCUUGCCGGGGGCGACAAUGGCUUCGGCAUGGUUGUCAACGAGAAGACCACUAUGCAAAACCUCAACGACCGUCUGGCCAGUUACCUGGAGAAGGUGCGCUCCCUGGAGAAAGCCAACGCGGAGCUGGAGCGCCAGAUCCGGGAGUGGUACGAUAAGAGGACCCCAGUUUCCAGAGACUACAGCCACUAUUAUGUCACCAUUGAAGAUCUGCGCAAGAAAAUCUCCGUUGCCAGCCAGGACAAUGCCAGAAUCAUCCUUCAGAUUGACAAUGCCAAACUGGCAGCUGAGGACUUCAGAGUCAAGUAUGAGAAUGAAUUGGCUCUGCGUCUGUCAGUGGAGGCCGAUAUUGCUGGCCUGAGGAAGGUUCUGGACGAUCUCACCAUGACUCGCUCUGAUCUUGAGAUGCAGAUCGAAGGUCUGAAGGAGGAACUCGUGUACCUGAAGAAGAACCAUGCAGAGGAACUCGCAGCUCUUCGCGCUCAAAUGACUUCCAGCAGUGUAAAUGUAGAGGUUGACGCUGCACCUCAGCAAGACCUGGCCCGCAUCAUGGAGGAGAUGCGACAGCAGUAUGAAGGCAUCACAGAGAAAAACAAGCGUGAAAUGGAGGCCUGGUACAAGGGCAAAUUCGACGAACUGAACAAGCAAGUAUCCACCAGACAAGAAGACCUCUCAAUGUCACGUAAUGAAAUCAACGAACUCAGGAGAACAUUGCAGGCUCUGGAGAUCGAACUACAGUCACAGCUUAGCCUGAAAUCAGCUCUGGAGGGCACACUGGGAGAGACAGAGUCACGGUACAGCAUUCAGCUCAACCAACUGCAGGCCGUCAUUAAUAGUCUGGAGCAGGAGCUCACUCAGAUGCGCAUGGACAUCGAAAGACAGGCCAGCGAAUACAAACUGCUGCUGGACAUCAAGACCAGACUAGAGAUGGAGAUCGCAGAGUACAGGAGACUUCUGGAUGGAGAGGAUAUUCAGAGACAGACAAUCAAAGUAGUCGAGGUUGUAGCACCCCCCAAGCCCGAUCCUGUUGUGACCAAGCGCGUUCGCACAGUAAUCGAAGAGGUGGUUGAUGGUAAAGUGGUCUCUCGCACAGAAGAUGUCGACGUCGAGGUCAUGAAGAAGUAAAAAUGGUGCCAAAUGAGACCCAUUAAGUCGUCAUUAAUUUUCGGCCCAAACGAAUUAUCAAAUUAAAUUAUCAUUGUUCAACACCUCAUGUGAAAAUCUAAGACAAAUAAAAAGACGCUGCGAAAUCAAA